UACGUUUGUUGAUAACUACUAUCAGAAUAAUUCAUUAUCAGUUAUUCUGUAAUUACGCUUAGAAUUAUUGAUUUAGAGCAUAAGUGAGCUUACUGUGAUAUCUUUAAGUUAUAUUCAACGGCUGAUUUAAUAUAAGAAAAAUGGCUUUAUCCAAACCGAUUAUGAAUUUAAUGGCAUCGUAUUUACAGAACUUAUAUUUAAAUCCUAUUAAAACGAAAGCAAUUACAAGUUGCGUCGUGGGUACAGCAGGCAGCAUCGCGUCACAGCUGGUAGCAGGAGACAAAAUCAGACUCGAUCCAAUUUUAGCCUUUGGCCUAUAUGGAUUGUUGUUUGGAGGCACCAUCCCACACUACUUCUAUGAUUUGGUUGAGAGACUGUUUCCUGAAGAUGUUGUGGCAUUCCCUCUGGCAAAGAAGCUUUUAUUUGAAAGGCUGAUAUAUGCCCCUAUCAUGCAAGCAUUCUCACUGUACACACUUGCUAGGUUUGAGGGCAAGAACCACAGUGCUGCGGUGAAGCAGCUCUUAGCAUUGUACUUACCUAUCUUAGAAGCCAACUGGAAGUGGCUCACUCUGUUCCAAGUCAUCAACUUAGCAUUAGUACCACCCAUGCUGCGGGUUCUCUUCAUGAAUCUUGUAGGGUUCGGUUGGGCAAUGUUCCUUGCCACCAAGAGACGCCAACAAAGCCAGAAAAAGAACUGAACAUUAAGCCAGAACUUGUACUCAACUGGUGGUGGAUGCUAAUAUAUUUCUGUGAUGGAUAUGAAACUAUGAACACUACUUUUCUAUGUAUUUACAAGCAGACACAGUUGUGCCUCGCAAAUAGGGUCAAGGUUUGUUAAGAGUUUGGUGACCUCUAGUUAUUAUCCUCUUCAGAAUGUUUACUUCUUGUUAUUCUACUGAUAAGCUACAUUCAUUCCCAACUCAAUUAUAACUUUUAGUAGCACACUAAUACUCUAAACUAGGGCAUUUAAAACUGGUCACAAUGUUUUAAUUGUAAAUGCCAUAUUGCUUUAUACAAUAAAUUCGUUUAUAAUAAGGUUGAAAGACCAUUUUGUAUUGUAGAUAAAUAAUACAUUCCUAUCAUGGGGUGGAGUCCAUAUCUUAUCUUGUUUGAUAUGAUAUAAUUGGUUUAUAUAUUCAUGAGACUUUGCAUGUCAAUUAAGGAAAAUUUAUAUUUUUCUAAGGAUAGUUUAUAUAUUGUUAAUAAAAAAGAUAUUUAUGUAUCAGGGUAAUUUAUUUGUUGACAACAGCAAUUUAAUCCAUUACCUAUUUAAUGUUCCAAUAGGUUUUUUUUUCUAAAUAUACAUUAAUAUUGUGAAAUCUUCUAAUACUAUUUCACUAAAGUCGGCAAAAUCAAUUCUUAUGCAGUGCAUUUAAGAUGAGAUUCCUCUUUACAAAUCAAAUAGAAGAUUCUUUAUUUUAUAUUGAUUUUAUUUCGAUAUUGAUAAUAAACUGUUAUACUGUUAA